CGGGCGAGCGUCGGCUGGGCGGGCGAGCCGGGCCUGCCAUUGCCAGCCGGCCUCCCUCAGGCAUGGACGACGUGCGGGUGCAGUGGCUGGGGCUGCUGCUGCGCCAUGCCCUGGGCAUCCCCGGAGAGGCGCCCUUCGAGGAGCUGCUCAACCGCGACGACGGCGCCGAGGCCGAGGUCCUCCUGCACUUCCUCAACCAGGGCGCCGCCAGCGUCGAGGAAGGGGCCGCGUCUGCCCUCUUCUUCCGUCAGGAGACCCGCCUCGAAGAGAUCGACGUGGAAAUCGACGUGCCUUUUGAUGAAGGCCCCGAGGAGGAAGGUUCAGAGAGGCUGGGCGGGGCCUCCUCCAUCUCCGUCAUACAGAGAGAACGGAAAAGCAAAGUAUCUCUGACUGAAGUUGCGGAAAAGCCUGUGGCUGAAUAUUCGUCUACAGUCUCUAUUGGGCCAGGGAUGGAAGAGAUUGAGUACGAGCUGGGCAUGAGAGGUUCACGUCGGACGUUUAAAAAAAUUGUAAAGCAAGAGAUUUACAACCUGUAUUAUCACAUGGCUUUCGAUGACAUCCCAGAAGACUUUGUGGAGACCGACACUGUGUUUUUUCUCAGAGACACCACAGAAACCGUCAGUGAACCAAAUGAUGUCAUUGAAGCCAAUGAUGUCUUGCCUGAAGUCCUGGAAUAUGGUAUUCUGAAUGGUCAUACCCUCAUGAUGCUCAAGCAGAUCUUCUCAUUGGUCUUUCUGCCUGCCAUGUGUCACAAUCCGUAUGAUGCAGUUGAGUCCCCUACACACCCAGAAACCGAAAAGGCAGAGUGUGAAGGUUCUCAUAUGACUGUGAAGAUGAGAAGCAAGCCUGUAGUAUUAGAGAGUUUUCAGAUCCUAAGGAAUGAGUUUUUAAUGAGCAUGCAGAAAUUCUUAAACCACAUUCAGAGAACCAUUCAGCAGAUUGAAGGGGAAAUUAAGCUGGACUUGCCAAGUGUAGGCUUAGAUGGCGAUGUGAGCUACUUGGCUGCUGAUCGGGAUGUGGUGGAAAUACUGGAGCAAACUGCAACCAAUUGGCUCAUGUUAAUAUCCUCAGCGGAUGAAGAACUGCAGAGAAAAAGCCCUCAGGGAAAUGGCCCACUAGCCGAGAUUGACCUGUGGCGUGAGAGGAAUGCUACCUUGAGUGCCCUAACUGAGCAGCUUAAACUGCCAACUGUCAGAAAGGUCUUGGAAGUGCUGAAAACCGCUGACACUGGGAUUAUGGAGAGCUUGCAGAUAGUAAUCAACGAACUCUGUAAGCACCAUGUGGAGGCGGUUGACAACGUGAGGUUCCUUUCCACUCUUGAGCGACACCUAAAGAAUUUAACGCACGGCACCGGCUUCAACAUAGUCCUGGAUACAAUCCCUUCCCUGAUGAAUGCCCUGAGAAUGGUGUGGAUCAUCUCCCGGCACUACAACAAGGAUGAGAGGAUGAUCCCUCUCAUGGAACGCAUUGCCUGGGAAAUUUCCGCAAGGGUCUGCAAAGUUGUCGAUCUACGGACUUUGUUCAAAGAAGACAGGCAGUCUGCAAAAAUCAAAAUGCUGGAAGCCAAACGGACCCUCGAAAUUUGGAAGUCGUCAUAUUUUGACAUCCGUGCCAAGAUUGAAGCCUCGGGAAGGGAUGCGCGGUGGGAAUUUGAUAGGAAACGCCUGUUUGAAAAAACAGAUUACAUGGCUUCCAUCUGUCAAGACCUCUAUGGUGUGCUGCAGGUCAUAGAGGAGUUUUAUAACAUCUUUGGCCCCGAACUGAAAGCUGUCACUGGGGAUCCAAAGCGGAUUGACGAAGUCUUGCGACGAGUUGAUGGGCUGGUUAGCCCGAUGGAGGUUCUGAACUUUGAACCUUUCAACAUCAGAUCCACAACUCCGUGGAAGCUUGUUAUGGACGAGUUUAAAAUGGAAGUGGUGGAUAUAGAAAAAGAAGCCAAGAUGUUCAUUGAUGAGUCUUUUAAGACCCUUCGUUCUGCAGAAGCUGCCUUUGACAUGCUCUUAAACUUCAAGCACAUCCGCUCCCGAGAGGCCAUCAAUAAGCAGAUGAUGAUGAAAUUCAAUGACAUUCUGGCACAGUACUGUAAAGAGCUUGAGAUAGUUAACAACAUCUUUGUCAAUAACCUCGCCAGCCCACCUUUGUGCAAGAAUCACCCUGUGGUGGCAGGUGCAAUUUACUGGGCCCGGUCCCUUUUCUUCCGCAUCAAGCACACCAUUGUUCGAUUCCAAGAAGUUGAAGAGCUGUUGGCUAGCGAGCGUGGAAGGGAGGUGAGACAAAGGUACCUUGAAGUUGCCAAGAAGAUGAAAGAAUAUGAAGAUUUGAAAUAUGACCAGUGGCGAGAGACCACAGAAGAAGCACUUCCCAUCCUAUUGAAGAAAACCCUCCUUGCUAAAGUCCAUCCUUCUGGGGCAAUUAUUCAGGCCAACCCAGAGACUUCUGAGCAGAGCCCACGUGAUGAGGUGGAUACUGGAGAGAAAAAUGCUCGUUUCACAGUCAAUUUCUCCCCCAAGCUUCGGGAAAUCAUCAAUGAAACAAAAUAUAUGGAGCAUCUAGGGUUCCCGGUGCCUGAAAUAGCAAGGAAUGUGGCACUACAGGAAGACAAAUUGCUCAGAUAUACAGAUGGCAUAAACCAGAUGUUGGAUCACUAUCACAAAUUAAUAGGAACAUUGAAUGAGGCAGAGAGUCAACUUCUGGAUGAACAUAUACAAGAACUUUGGCGAGUUUUCAGAUCUGGGUACAAGAGGCUUAACUGGAACUCCUUAGGCAUUGGUGACUAUAUUGUCCGAUGCACCCAGGCCAUUGGGAAAUUUGAAUCACUUGUUCAUCAGAUUCACAAGAAUGCUGAAGACAUGUCCAACAAGCUUUUAUUACUUGAAUCAACCAAUCUCUUCAAAAGCCCACCUACCAAAGACACAAAUUCUUUUCCUGGGGUGAAGGAGUACUUUGAGUAUGUUAAGCAUGAAAGAUCCAGGGAUGCCGAGCACUUAGUCCGCAAGUACAUUUCCAUCGGCCCCCUGCUGACCAAAAUGGAAGGGCUCGUUGUCAACACAAACACGGGCAGAGCCUCAAGACUGGUUCAUUAUUACGCCUUUUGGGAAAAUAAAGUUUAUCAGAGCUUGACCAACCUGAUCCUCAAAAAUUUACAGUCUUUCAACGCAGCGGUGAUGGGAGACAUUCCGCUGUUCCAAGCAGAAACCAUUUUAUCUGCUCCUGAAAUCAUCCUGCAUCCAAAUGCUGGCGAAAUUGAAAAAAUGUGUGUGCAUUGCAUCCGAGAUUGUGUGGAAGUUACUAAGCUCUUUGUUCGCUGGAUGCAUGGCACCUGCAUCGACUGCCCCCCGCAGCACGCUGAUGACGACGAGCCUGUUAUCUUCAGUUUUUUUAGCGACAUCUCCCAGAACACUCAAAUCAUUGAGCAGGCCAUCUUCAUUACCCAGAACAUGCACAAGCUCCUGGGCUCCCUCACCAAGUACCUCAACCGCUGGAAGAGGUACCGCCCUCUCUGGAAGCUUGACAAGGCCAUUGUCAUGGAGAAGUUUGCUGCCAAAAAGCCGGCCUGUGUCAGUUUUGAUGACAAGCUGCAGUUCUACAUGAAAAUAGCACAAGAAGUGAUGCAGCAGCCUCUGGUUAAAGAUGAGCAGUGCAUUCGCCUUCUGCUUGAGCCGUUGGCUAUCACGGUCCAGGAAAAUGCCAAAGGCUGGAUUAAUUCUCUCGGGAAGCUGCUCAAUGAAUCAGCCAAAGAGGCACUUUAUGAGCUCCAAGAUGAAAUUGAGAGAUUGUCACACAACCUCCAGACGACUCCCAGCACACUAGAAGAUCUCAAAUUUGUCCUGGGCACAAUUGCAGAGAUCAAAUAUAUGUCUCUAGAAGUGGAACUCAAGUACUUGGAUAUUCAGGAGAGAUACCGUACCCUUGCCAUGUAUAACAUUCCUGCAACGGACGAAGAACGAGAGCUCGUGGAUCACAUAAAGCAUAAGUGGGACACGCUUUUUUCGGAGGCAGCAACAGUGGAUCACAGCCUUGGGAGUAUCAAAAAGACAUUUACUGAGAUCACAAGGGAGCAGAUUGCAAACUACAGCAAGGAAAUUGAAGAUUUUUACCAUCGGUUUAUUACUGAAGGGCCAGGUUCUGUUGGGGAGGAUCUUGAUAAAGGAGUCGAGCUCAUGGUAGUCUUUGAAAAAGAAUUGGAGAAGCAUGAGAAAAACCGACAGGAGCUGGCAAAUGCUGAAAAGCUGUUUGAUCUACCGAUCACGAUGUAUCCUGAUCUCAUGAAAAUCCAGAAGGAGAUGAAGGGCCUGAGGCAGGUCUAUGACAUUUAUAAGUUGCAAAGAGCUGCUAAAGAGGAAUGGUCUCAGACUUUGUGGGUGAACCUCAAUGUGCAGGUGCUGCAGGAAGGGAUUGACGGAUUUCUGAAAUCCCUUCGCAAAUUGCCAAAACAUGUGCGCAGCCUGCCUGUCGCAUAUCACCUGGAAAUGAAGAUGAAGGCAUUUAAAGACUCCAUUCCUUUGCUGCUAGAUUUGAAAAACGAGGCACUGAGAGACAGGCACUGGAAAGAACUGAUGGACCGAACUGGCAUCCACUUUGAAAUGGCAACGGAGACAUUUACCUUGGAGAAUAUGUUUGCGAUGGAGCUGCACAGACACACUGAUGUUAUCAAUGAGAUAGUUGGCUCUGCUGUCAAAGAGCUUAGCAUUGAGAAGGGCGUGAAAGAAAUAGUAGAAACCUGGGAGAACAUGAAAUUUGUCGUGCAAAGGUACUACAAAGGCACUCAAGAUCGUGGCUUCAUCCUAGGAGCUGUAGAUGACAUUGUUCAGAUCCUAGAUGACAAUGCAGUGAACCUCCAAAGCAUUUCUGGGAGCAGAUUUGUGGGGCCUUUUCUGGCAAUUGUUCACAACUGGGAGAAAACCCUCUCCUUGAUUGGCGAAGUGAUUGAGAUCUGGAUGAUAGUUCAGCGGAAAUGGAUGUACUUGGAGAGCAUCUUUAUUGGUGGAGACAUAAGAUCCCAGCUGCCUGAUGAAGCUAAAAAAUUUGACAACAUUGACAGGAUAUUUAAAAGGAUCAUGGCAGAAACGGUCAAAGACCCAGUGAUAAGGAGGUGCUGUGAAGCUCCAAAUCGUCUUUCAGACCUCCAAAAUGUGAGCGAUGGCCUGGAGAAGUGCCAGAAGAGUUUGAACGAUUACCUGGACUCCAAGAGGAAUGCUUUCCCCAGAUUCUUUUUCAUCUCAGACGAUGAGUUGCUCAGCAUUCUUGGCAGCAGCGACCCGCUGUGCGUUCAGGAGCACAUGAUCAAGAUGUAUGACAAUGUCGCUAGCCUGCGGUUUCAUGAAGAUGACAGUGGUAUAAAGGUUGCUUCCGCCAUGAUUUCUGCUGAAGGUGAAGUCAUGGAGUUCCGGAAGGCUAUCCUAGCCGAGGGCAGAGUGGAGAACUGGAUGACUGCUGUGCUUGUUGAAAUGAGGAGGACCAACCGGCUUGUUACAAAGGAAGCCAUCUUUCGGUAUUGUGAGGAUCGAAGCAGGGUCGACUGGAUGUUGAUGUACCAAGGCAUGAUGGUGCUAGCUGCCAACCAGGUGUGGUGGACCUGGGAGGUGGAGGAUGUCUUUCAUAAAGUGAAGAAAGGAGAAAAGCAGGCCAUGAAAAACUACGCCAAGAAAAUGCACCAACAAAUUGACCAGCUAGUCACACGGAUCACCAAGCCACUAAGCAAAAACGACAGGAAAAAAUACAAUACGGUUCUCAUCAUUGAUGUCCAUGCACGGGAUAUAGUUGAUACAUUUGUAAGAGACAGCAUAAUCGAAGCUCGCGAGUUUGAAUGGGAAAGCCAACUGCGUUUUUAUUGGGACCGAGAGCCAGAUGAACUCAAUGUGCGCCAGUGCACCGGCACCUUUGCCUAUGGCUAUGAAUACAUGGGCUUGAAUGGGCGGCUAGUCAUCACACCCCUCACGGAUCGCAUAUAUCUAACACUCACCCAGGCCUUGUCCAUGUAUUUGGGUGGAGCCCCUGCAGGCCCAGCAGGAACUGGGAAGACCGAGACAACCAAAGAUCUCGCCAAAGCUUUGGGUUUGCUUUGUGUAGUCACCAACUGUGGAGAAGGCAUGGAUUUCAAGGCAGUUGGCAAAAUUUUCUCCGGCCUUGCUCAGUGUGGUGCUUGGGGUUGCUUUGAUGAAUUUAAUCGGAUUGAUGCUUCCGUGCUUUCCGUCAUCUCCUCACAGAUCCAGACGAUUCGGAAUGCUCUGAUGAACCAACUGAAAACAUUUCAGUUUGAAGGACAAGAAAUUUCUCUGGAUCCUCGAAUGGGCAUUUUUAUCACCAUGAAUCCUGGCUACGCAGGCCGUACUGAGCUCCCUGAAUCUGUAAAGGCUCUGUUCAGGCCUGUGGUUGUGAUUGUGCCGGAUCUCCAGCAAAUCUGUGAAAUCAUGCUGUUUUCGGAGGGGUUUCUUCUCGCAAAGACUCUGGCCAAAAAGAUGACGGUGCUCUACAAACUGGCAAGAGAACAGCUUUCUAAACAGCAUCACUAUGAUUUUGGACUUCGGGCUCUGAAGUCGGUAUUGGUGAUGGCCGGAGAGCUUAAAAGAGGCUCAGCAGAGCUUAAUGAGGAUGUGGUCCUGAUGAGAGCUCUGCGAGAUAUGAACCUCCCCAAGUUUGUAUUUGAAGAUGUGCCUCUUUUUCUUGGCCUCAUCUCUGACCUGUUUCCUGGACUUGAUUGCCCUCGAGUGCGUUACCCUAGGUUUAAUGAUGCUGUGGAACAGGUGCUGGAAGAAGGAGGCUACAUAGUUCUCCCAGUUCAGGUGGAUAAAGUCGUCCAAAUGUACGAAACGAUGCUGACUCGUCAUACAACAAUGGUUGUUGGACCAACAGGAGGUGGCAAAUCUGUGGUCAUCAAUACCUUGUGUCAUGCUCAGACAAAGCUAGGAUUACUGACCAAGCUUUACACACUGAACCCCAAAGCCAUGAGUGUCAUCGAGCUAUACGGUAUCCUAGAUCCCACCACCCGAGACUGGACCGAUGGCGUGUUAUCCAACAUCUUCAGGGAAAUCAAUAAACCCACUGAUAAAAAAGAGAGAAGGUACAUUUUAUUUGAUGGAGAUGUUGAUGCUCUCUGGGUUGAAAACAUGAAUUCUGUGAUGGAUGAUAACAAGCUGUUGACACUGGCAAACGGAGAGCGGAUCAGACUCCAAACUCACUGCGCUCUUUUGUUUGAGGUUGGAGACUUACAGUAUGCCUCACCUGCGACUGUAUCACGCUGUGGGAUGGUCUUUGUCGACCCCAAGAACUUGAAAUACAGACCUUAUUGGGAGAAAUGGACACAGCAACGGAGCAGCAAGCAAGAGCAACAACUGUUAAAUCGACUCUUUGACAAAUACGUACCCUACUUGAUUGACAUGAUUGUAGAGGGAAUUGUUGACGGGCGACAAGGGCAGAAGCUGAAGACCAUCGUUCCGCAGACAGAUCUAAAUAUGGUGACACAGUUAACUAUGAUGCUGGACUCCCUCCUGGAGCAUGAGAUUGAUGACCCAGAUGUACUUGAGUGCUACUUCCUGGAAGCUUUGUAUUCCUCCCUGGGAGCCUGCCUCCUUGAAUCUGGAAGAUCAAAAUUUGACGAUUUCAUUAAACGUCUCUCCUCUAUGUCAACUGUGAAUGAUGAGAUGACUCUGGCUAAACCAGGAGAGCUACCAGGACAGCUUCCAACUAUAUAUGACUUCCACUUUGAUGAGAAGGUGAAGAAGUGGGUGCCUUGGAGCAAAUUGGUCCAGGAAUAUGUUCACUUGCCCCAAGUGAAAUUUAUUGACAUUCUGGUUCCGACAGUGGACACAACCCGCACAACCUGGCUGCUGGGACAGAUGGUGAAAAUCAAACACCCUGUUGUUCUGGUUGGAGAAUCUGGUACUUCGAAGACGGCAACAACACAGAACUUUCUCAAAAAAUUAAAUCCAGACAUAAAUCUACUGCUCAUCAUCAACUUUUCCUCUCGCACAACUUCGAUGGAUAUUCAAAGAAAUUUAGAAGCCAAUGUAGAGAAACGAACGAAAGAGACCUAUGGGCCUCCGAUGGGAAAGCGCCUCCUUGUCUUCAUGGAUGAUAUGAACAUGCCCAGAGUUGAUGAAUAUGGGACCCAACAGCCCAUUGCCCUACUGAAAUUACUUUUAGAGAAAGGUGCCUUGUAUGACCGUGGCAAGGAAAUGACCUGCAAAUUCCUGCGUGACCUUGGCUUCAUGGCUGCCAUGGGCAAAGCCGGGGGAGGCCGAAAUGAAGUUGACCCCCGAUUCAUUUCACUCUUCAGUGUUUUCAACGUUCCUUUUCCCUCGGAGGUGUCCCUGCACUUGAUUUACGCCUCCAUUUUAAGAGGCCACCUUGCGGUUUUUCAUGAGUCUAUAGCUGCAAUUGCUGACAAUUUGACAACUUGUACCUUGGCACUUUAUGAAAUGAUUGUCCGUGACUUACCUCCGACUCCUUCAAAAUUCCAUUACAUCUUUAAUCUGCGGGAUCUCUCCAGGGUUUACAAUGGACUUGUGCAAACAACCCCGGAUCGGUUCCAGGCAGUCAGCCAGAUGGUGAGAGUGUGGAGAAAUGAGUGCCUGCGGGUUUUCCAUGACAGACUGAUUAAUGAAACAGACAAAAAACUGGUCCAAGACCAUAUCGAAAGCUUGAUUGAAGAUAAUUUCAAAGAAGAAGCAGAGCAUGCGAUGAGAGAUCCUAUUCUUUUUGGAGAUUUCAGAAUGGCCCUGAAUGAAAGUGAGCCUCGUGUUUAUGAAGACAUCCAAGACUACGACGCCGCGAAAGCUCUCUUUCAGGAGAUUCUUGAAGAGUAUAACGAGCUCAACACUAAAAUGAAUCUAGUACUAUUCGACGAUGCCCUGGAGCACCUAACCCGUGUCCAUCGUAUCAUAAGGAUGGACCGUGGGCACGCUCUUCUCGUGGGAGUUGGGGGCUCUGGGAAGCAGUCCUUGGCAAGAUUGGCUGCUUACACAGCAGGAUGUGAGGUUUUUGAAAUAGUUCUGAGCCGAGGAUAUGGUGAAAACAAUCUCCGGGAAGACCUCAAAUCUUUGUAUGUAAAACUUGGGCUUGAGAAUAAGGUCAUGAUCUUCCUGUUUACAGAUGCUCACGUAGCCGAGGAAGGAUUCUUGGAGCUCAUCAACAACAUGCUCACGUCUGGAAUAGUUCCCGCCCUUUUCCCGGAUGAUGAGCGAGAGGGUAUUUUAAGCCAGAUUACAAGCGAAGCCAUGAAAGUGGGAGUGGCACCAGCCAAGGAAAGUGUCUGGCAGUACUUUGUAAACAAGAGUGCCAACAACCUGCACAUUGUCCUUGGGAUGUCUCCAGUGGGAGAUACCCUGCGAACACGCUGCCGGAAUUUCCCAGGUCUCGUCAACAACACAGGCAUCGACUGGUUCCUGCCCUGGCCCCCACAGGCUUUGUUGGCAGUGGCCAAGUUCUUUUUAGGGGGCAACCCGCUUAUCCCACCAGAGCACUCAGAGGAAGUCGUUGAGCACACCGUCAUGGCCCAUGGCUCCGUCGGGGACUUCAGCAAGAAAUUCCUGCAGAAGCUCAGACGCAGCAACUAUGUCACCCCCAAGAAUUUCCUGGAUUUCAUUAACACUUAUUCCAGACUGCUGGAUGAAAAGAACCAGUUCAUUUUGGCUCAGUGCAAGCGUCUGGAAGGUGGUUUGGACAAGCUGAAAGAAGCCACCAUUCAGCUGGACGAGCUCAACUUGAAGCUUGCCGAGCAAAAGAUUGUGCUGGCAGAGAAAUCGGCUGCUUGUGAAGCCUUGCUAGAGGAGAUCUCGACCAACACAGCAAUAGCUGAGGAGAAGAAAAAGCUGGCCGAGGACAAAGCCAUGGAAAUCGAAGAGCAGAAUAAAGUCAUUGCCGUGGAGAAGCAGGAUGCUGAGACGGCCCUGGCAGAAGCAAUGCCCAUCCUGGAGGCAGCAAAACUAGAACUGCAGAAGCUCGACAAGUCUGACGUCACGGAGAUCAGGUCCUUUGCUAAGCCCCCUAAGCAGGUGCAGACCGUCUGUGAGUGCAUCCUUAUCAUGCGAGGCUACAAAGAGCUCAACUGGAAGACGGCCAAAGGGAUGAUGUCAGAGGCCAACUUUCUGCGAUCCCUCAUGGAAAUCGACUUUGAUUCAAUUACCCAAACCCAAGUGAAAUCGGUUCGAGGACUGUUAAAGAACUUAAACACCACCUUUGAAGAAAUGGAAGUGGUCAGUAGAGCUGGCUUGGGGAUGUUGAAAUUUGUCGAAGCCGUAAUGAGCUACUGUGAUGUUGCCAAGGAAGUCAAGCCCAAGAGGGAAAAGGUGGCCAGACUGGAGCGGAAUUUCUUCUUAAGCAAGCGUGAGCUGGAGAAGAUCCAGGCAGAGCUGACGACCAUCCAGAAUGAGUUAAAGGCCCUUGGAGAUAAGUACGAGGCAGCGAUCCGGGAGAAGCAGCAGCUCCAGGAAGAAGCGGAGAUUAUGGAGCGGCGGCUCAUUGCUGCCGACAAACUCAUCUCAGGAUUGGGCUCAGAAAACAUCAGGUGGAUGAACGAUUUGGAGGAAUUAAAAAGGCGGCAAGUGAAGCUGCUGGGAGAUUGCCUGCUGUGUGCAGCCUUCCUGAGCUACGAGGGGGCCUUCACGUGGGAAUUCCGUGAUGAUAUGCUGAAGGACGUGUGGCAGACAGAUCUCCUCAGCCGAGAGAUCCCUCUCAGCCAGCCUUUCCGACUGGAGAACCUACUGACCGACGAUGUGGAGAUCAGCCGGUGGGGGUCUCAAGGCCUGCCUCCCGAUGAGCUCUCUGUUCAAAAUGGCAUUCUGACAACACGUGCCAGCCGCUUCCCAUUGUGUAUUGACCCACAGCAGCAAGCACUCAAUUGGAUCAAGAGGAAAGAAGAGAGAAACAACCUCAGGACGGCUUCCUUCAAUGACCCGGAUUUCCUGAAGCAACUUGAAAUGGCCAUAAAAUAUGGCAAUCCUUUCUUGUUCCAUGAUGUCGAUGAAUACAUUGACCCUGUGAUUGAUAACGUCUUAGAAAAGAAUAUAAAAUUUGCUCAAGGCCGAUCAUUCAUCAUCCUCGGUGACAAGGAAGUGGAUUAUGACUCCAAUUUCAAGCUGUACCUGAACACCAAGCUGGCUAACCCAAAAUAUUCGCCAUCUGUGUUUGGCAAAGCCAUGGUCAUCAACUACACAGUUACUCUGAAAGGUUUGGAAGACCAGCUGCUCAGCGUUAUUGUGGGGUAUGAAAGGCGUGAACUGGAAGAGCAGAGAGAACAUCUUAUCCAAGAAACGAGUGAAAACAAAAAUCUAUUGAAGGACCUGGAAGACUCCCUCCUCCGUGAACUGGCAACUUCCACUGGGAACAUGUUGGACAAUGUAGACUUGGUGCAUACUCUGGAGGAGACAAAGGCCAAAGCUACUGAGGUGUCAGAGAAACUCAAGCUGGCUGAAAAAACAGCAAUAGACAUUGACAAGCUACGCGAUGGCUACCGCCCAGCCGCCAAGAGAGGUGCCAUUUUGUUCUUUGUGCUGUCCGAGAUGGCUCUCGUCAAUACCAUGUACCAGUACUCCUUGUCUGCCUUCUUGGAUGUCUUUGGUCUCUCUCUUCGGAAAUCGAUUCCUGACACCAUCCUCGCAAAGCGGUUGCGAAGCAUCAUGGACACGUUAACGUUCAACGUGUACAAUUAUGGCUGCACAGGCUUGUUUGAAAAACACAAGUUACUCUACUCCUUUAACAUGACAAUCAAGAUUGAACAGGCUGACCAGAGAGUUCCUCAGGAUGAACUGGACUUCUUCUUAAAAGGCAAUAUUUCUCUGGAGAAGAGUGCUCGAAAGAAGCCUUGUGUUUGGCUUUCGGAUCAAGGCUGGGAGGACGUCAUCCGUGUUUCAGAACUGUUUCCAGAACAAUUUGGGUCUCUUCCAGACAAUGUGGAUGAACAUCUGUCUGACUGGAAAGAUUGGUACGACAUCGACGCCCUGGAACAAACCCCGUUUCCCUUGAACUAUGGAAACAUCCUCACCAACUUCCAGAAGCUGCUGCUCUUACGUUGCUUCCGGGUAGACCGUGUCUAUCGUGCAGUGACAGACUAUGUCACUCUUACCAUGGGUGUGAAGUAUGUCCAGCCUCCGGUGAUCAGCUUUGAAGCCAUCUUUGAACAAAGCACCCCAAACUCACCUAUUGUUUUUAUUCUAAGUCCUGGCUCUGACCCUGCCAGUGACCUGAUGAAACUGGCAGAUCGGACAGGCUUUGGAGGGAAUCGGCUGAAAUUCCUGGCCAUGGGACAGGGCCAGGAGAAGGUUGCACUGCAACUGUUAGAGAACGCAGUGGCCCGUGGACAGUGGUUAAUGUUACAGAACUGUCAUCUCUUGGUGAAGUGGCUGAUUGAUUUGGAGAAGGCACUAGAAAGGAUUGUUAAGCCACACCCAGAUUUCCGCUUGUGGUUGACUACAGAUCCAACAAAGGGAUUUCCUAUUGGGAUUCUCCAGAAAUCUCUCAAGGUUGUUACAGAGCCUCCUAAUGGACUGAAACUGAACAUGAGAGCCACCUACUUCAAAAUCUCUCACGAGUCUCUUGACCAGUGUCCACAUCCUGCUUUCAAGUCCUUGGUCUAUGUCUUGGCAUUUUUCCAUGCUGUGGUUCAGGAGAGACGGAAAUUUGGGAAGAUUGGUUGGAAUGUGCCUUAUGAUUUCAACGAAUCUGACUUCCAGGUCUGCAUGGAGAUCCUGAACACAUAUUUGACCAAGGCCUUCCAGCAACGUGACGACAAGAUUCCGUGGGGGAGUCUCAAGUAUCUCAUUGGAGAGGUAAUGUACGGUGGACGUGCCAUUGACAGCUUUGACCGGCGCAUUCUCACAAUCUACAUGGAUGAGUAUCUGGGGGAUUUUAUAUUUGACACCUUCCAGCCCUUUCACUUUUUCCACAAUGACGACGUUGACUAUAGAAUCCCUGAAGGGAUUUCAAAGGACGACUUUGUAGAAGAGAUAGAGUCCCUUCCUCUUGCUAAUACUCCAGAAGUAUUUGGCCUUCAUCCUAAUGCUGAAAUUGGAUACUACACCCAGGCAGCUCGAGAUAUGUGGUCACAUCUUCUGGAGCUGCAGCCUCAAACGGGGGAAACCGGUUCUGGGAUAAGUCGAGACGAAUAUAUUGGCCAGGUUGCUAAAGACAUUGAGAACAAGUUGCCCGUUGUCUUCGAUCUUGAUCAGAUAAGAAAGAUCUUGGGCAUUGAAAUUUCACCAACCACAGUGGUGUUACUCCAAGAAUUGGAACGCUUUAACAAGCUCAUAAUUCGUAUGACCAAGUCACUGGCUGAGUUACAAAGAGCAUUGGCUGGGGAGGUUGGAAUGAGUAAUGAACUGGAUGAGGUGGCUCGAGCACUCUUCAAUGGGCAGAUCCCAAACAUCUGGAGAAAGCUGGCCCCUGACACCCUGAAAACCCUGGGGAACUGGAUGAUUUAUUUUAGGAAUCGGUUUCUUCAGUACACGUCAUGGAUUGAAGAGGGUGAACCAAGUGUCAUGUGGCUGUCAGGACUGCACAUCCCCGAGUCAUACCUCACUGCACUUGUUCAAGCAACCUGCAGGAAGAACGGCUGGCCUCUGGACCGCUCCACCUUGUACACCCAAGUGACCAAAUACCGGAAUGCCGAGGAAGUCACCGAGCGCCCAGGACAAGGCUGUUUUGUUUCUGGCCUCUACCUGGAAGGAGCAGACUGGGAUUUGGAAAAUAGCUGCCUCAUCAAAAGCAAGCCUAAAGUGCUGGUGGUUGACUUGCCCAUUCUGAAGAUAAUCCCCAUCGAGGCUCAUCGUCUCAAGUUACAGAAUACCUUCCGGACCCCGGUGUACACAACAUCCAUGCGAAGGAAUGCUAUGGGCGUUGGCCUAGUUUUUGAAGCUGAUCUUUUUACCACAAGGCAUAUUUCUCAUUGGGUGCUACAAGGUGUUUGCCUCACACUGAAUGCUGAUUAGUGGACACAUAUAAGCGCACUGCAGUUUUGCUACACGUUCCAUUCAUGGGGCCUGCUGCAGAAAAGCUGAAGUAAGCCCCACCCUGCCUGAUCCUGCCACUGGAAUCUUCUUGCUUUCAGCUGAUGAAGACAAUGACAGUGCAGUGAUUUUAAACUGGCAUUCCUUAGAUUUUUACAAAUACAUGUUGUGAUUUGUUAGAAAAUAAACUUUUUUUUUUUUUGUAAAGUGAAUUGAGCCAGCAGGUGUAAAGAGCUUGAAUUCUUUGAACACUCACUGUCAACUUUGAGGAGGGCUGGUUGCUUUUACUCUUCCAGUAAACCAUACAAAAACCA